AUGAUGCCACUCAACGAUUUCAAGAAUCCUGAACUUGUUCCAAUCUCCAAUGUUAUUGGUAUGGCAUCUCAGCGACCCCUUAGUACAUUUCCUGAAAUGUGGUAUCAAACUUUUUUAUGGGCAUUAUUCUCAUCUGCUAUUGUCCAUACUGUAGCGGCGAUAAUUGCUUUCGCUACACUCCAUAAACAUAAUUUUGGAAAGUUUUUUCCAUUGUUCAUUUUAUUGGUUGGAAUAUUUGCUCCACUUAGUUCAGGCAUAGUUAGCAGUGCUACCAUAGCGUUUGUCUAUAGAGCAUCUAGUAUUCAAAUGCAACCAUUGUAUGCAAUGUUUUGGGGAGUUGGACAGACACUACUCUCAGCAGCUGUAGGUUUUACAAGAAUAUUAGCUACAUUAUAG